AUGAACUUCAAGAUAUUCAGGUCGAUAAUAGUAACAACUCAAGGUCUUAAAUCCGAAAAUACAGAAUCUGGCUUUGAUAAUAAUGAAGAACCACACGAAGAAGAAUACUAUGCACACAUUAUUGAUCUUGAUAAUGUGACAGUACGAGAUAGACCUCCGUUCUUUACGGUUGAAGAAUAUCAUAAAUCAUUUGUAAGUGCUGGUAUGAUCUUAUUGUAUGAAACCCAACGGCCGAGUACCGAGGCAAUAUUCUGUACUCGAUUUAUUCAACCCAUAAUUGAACUUUUCAUAUUCAUAUUUAAAAACCUGGAUGAAAUUCGAACAGCGCCGAAAUUAUUAUCUCGAAAGGAUCGGUUCGAAAUGUUGCGGUAUAGGUUCUCUAGAUAUAAAGAAAUUCUGCUUAUUGAGUUAUCUGGAGUACCGACUCGUUUCGCAGAAAACGAUAAAGUAGAACUUGAACGGUGCUUGGUUGACGUACUCAAUAACUUUCUGGAUGAUUACAAAAAAUGUGAUUUUGAAGUUGCCAAGAAAUUACGAGUAUUCGGCCUUCAAACUGAAGGUAAAGUUUUGCCUUUUCUGUUACAAUUGUGA